AGAGAAGUAUAAAAGGAGAAGUCACACAACAGAGCUUCAACAGCUUUACUUGAGCUUCAGACCUUCUGAUAUCCAAAUCUACCCAUCUUCUUCUAAGCAAGAUGCCCUACUAUCCAAACCAGUCCUGUUAUGAUCCAUGUCGUCCCAGACAUUUCUCCUCUGGAAGUAGCCUCAGUGGCUCCAAGUAUAGAACCCGCCGGAGCAGUGGAAGCUGUUAUGGGAAUUACGGCCGGGGUAUCCGCUACUGCCCCCCUUGUGGUUACGGUUAUCAAGGCCCAUCCUAUGGAGGUAUCUGCUACCAGCCUGUAGGUUAUGACCACGUUUAUGGUUACGGCAACAGAUACUGCCCACCUCUGAGCUAUGGGGGCUACGGUUCCAGAGGCUGCGGUUCCGGAGGCUACGGUUCUGGAGGCUACGGUUCUGGAGGCUACAACUAUGGAUGUCAAUAUGGUGGUCUGUAUGGCCGUCGCCAAUCCAUCUCCUACGACCCCUUUUAUAGGCCUAGGUAUCAAUAUGGAUCCAGGCGCGGCAGCUUCUGUGGACCCUGCAUAACCCAACAGAUGCCAAAUGGUCAGAGAAGUAAACAAACUGAAAACGAUUUGAUCAUUCGUUUUCAUCUCUCCUCCUGUCCUCUCAUUAAGAAAGGCCUGUGUGGGAGGGGGGUUGGCGCUCCCAUCUCCCACCCCGUACGAGGUCAGGAGAACCCUAUAAAAGGACUUGACAGCCUGGAGACUUCACACAGUAAGCAUCCACUCCCUAUCACCUUCUCCGUUCUGUUUCUCCAAGAACCAGAUCACCCCAAGAUGUCUUAUUGUGGGUCCAUCUCCCAUGUGCCUUAUGCUUCCAAUGGAUCCUAUGCGGUAGUCCCAUCGUACGGAUCCAGCACCCUCACCGGCCUUGCAGCCAACUACUACACCGGUAGCCACAUCAAUUGUUCCAGCCAACUCACUGGAUCGGAACUCAUCAUCCAACCUCCGGCUUCAGUGGUGUCCAUCCCAGGUCCCAUCCUAUCCUCCACUUAUGAUCCUGUCUCGGUGAGCCAAGUGACACCGUGUAGCUACACUCACCCGCUGAACGUAGCCUACGGGGCGUACGGCCGGCUUGGAUACUCUGGCUACGGGAACUACGGAGGUUGGAGAAGAUACUCCCGGAAGUGCCUGACGUACAACUGAGAACCUUGUGAAGUGUUGAAGCCCACAGGGCAGAACCAUCUGGAAAUGAAAACAAGAUUGCCAUCUUUGGUCUAUUGUGUUACUCUCGGUGUACGUGAUGCUUUCUAAGUUCUUCCUGCCUCAACCUUUCCAGUUUGCACCCAUAGUAGAGAGGGUGUGCUUAGCUCCACGGAGCUACUAAAGCUGGAAAGUUCUUCCCUCUUCCCCAUUUUGCUCCUCUUUUACUCAUUUCAAAUACACGGUUGUGUACGGCCGUGACGAAGCCGACAAAGCAAUGUUGUCCAUUUCUCCCUUGUGUACAUUGUUCCUUACCACAUGUAUUGCCUUCUGAUCUUACACUGAUCAACCUUUUCAUAAUAAAGCUUCUUGCAGCAUCAGAA